CCUCAGGCUCAUUACCCUGGCGUGAAGAGAAUGUUCAAGCCGCGACACAACUUCCAUCAGCAAAUAUGUGGAUGUCACUUGCUUUACUUGUGGGCUCUGCCAUUUCCGCCACAGCAUGCGAAAUUCCUGGGGGCACCCUGUCCAACACCAUCACCGAGGGCUUUUCACUUCAAGUACAGAAUGCAUCGUUCCCGGAUAUCCACAACCACUUUUUGAACAUAUGGGAUUGGGGCGGCGGGGAUCAACAUCUGUUUCUCAGCCCUGCUGGCAACGCAACGAGCGAGCUGACGCUCAUUGACGGGGUUAUCACUCUGCCCUGGGACCCGCCACGUCGAGCGUGCAUUAACGGAGAGUACGAGGUCAAGGACAACACGACCAAAGUGUUCAUGACUGAACGCGGCGACCCUCGUGCCGUCUUUGAUGUCAUCUAUGGCUGCAACCCCGACACCGACGCCUUGCAGACUGAACUGCGUUUCAAAUCUCGGGAUACGUCGGAGUACGGGGGCAACAUUGGCACCAGACCGUUCAACGGCAUGUACGACUUCCGAUGGACGCCUGCGGGAACAACGGCGUAUGACCCGGACCGUCCUUUCACAAGGGUCACUCUAGUGGUCAUUUCUUCCGUGUAGGACGCUUCAGAUUGCCGUCGCCAGCACUAACGUGCUGCGUUUUGUAUUCACGAAGUUUGCAACAAACCGGCUUGCUACUGUAUCACCGCUGUUCUUGUGUACUGGGUUGUUGUGCCAUUGACAUGGCUCACUUAAAGAUAACAUUUGUGAUAUAGCACAAAGCUCCCCAAAACAGCUAUGUUGAGCUUGAAGACUUUCAGGUGACUGACGUAUGGUCUCUGGCUGCACUUCAAUAUAGCCGCAUAACCUUGGCGAUGGAAAAUGUAGAAAAAAAAACAUGUCGAUCGAAUACUAUCAGAUAAAUCGUCCACGGCUGUAGCUACCGGGUGAACAGCAGUGAACAAGCCUUCUAACUAUGAAGUUUUCUCCACUGCCCGAACAACAUCGAUUUUUGUACUGUUUUUGGCGUAGAAAUCUGCACAUAGUGAGGUACCGAGUCAGGCAGCGCUUGACAGCACCCACAAAGUCUCGACGACAGUGUUCCCAAAUUGUUCCUAGC